AUGUCCUACCACAACUAUGACGAGAUAUUGACAGAGAACAUGGAUCCAAUGCCGCGUUUUCCCGAAAGGCAGUACAGCUCGGAUGAUAUCACGAAGGGCAGAAUUCAGAUCAGCGGAAUAUUACGAAAAAACCAACCCUCUACCAUUUUAAAAACAAGCAAAUUACAAGUGCCAGAUCAUGCGGAAGAAAGAAAAUUCAAAAGCACUCUUCCAAAACCAAAACCUUCAGGAGAAUUGAAUAUCGACCACAAGCAUUCCAAAUGUGCAGUGGACGUGCACAGAGACGUGGCCGAUUGUGACAGUCUGGACAAUGGACUGGUAGAGGCGCUGAACAAUGACCGCUUCAUUCACGUGGGGAGUAAUAGCAUCUAUUACUGCAACGCCACAUUGAACACCAGUCCAAGCGUUGGAAAUAGCAUUAGAAAAAAGGACCUUAGGAGCAGAUGGCAAAAACCGGAUCUAAAUCCACAGAAAGACGCCCAUCACACGUGCCCCGCUGAAAAGAAAAUCAAGAAACACGUGUUCCUUGCUUGUCUUAUCCUUCUAUUGGGCGCCAUGUGCAUGUUAGUCGUAGCAAUCAUCGACGGGUGGAUGAUGCACAACAGCGGAAGAGGCGUCAAUGGGAAAGACACGUUUUUGGGAAAUAGAAGAAAAUUCGACACUUUACUAAAUUCGACAUUUUUACUUGAUAAUUAUAACGAUACCGGUCCAGGUAAUUUCACAGGGAAUGUUUUCGAUAAUACGAAUGACUAGAACGGCGUCAUUGACAAUAAAAGUGAACUCGCUCAAUAAUUCUUAUCCAAACGUUCAGUCCAUGAUGGAUAAGCUAUCGCGUGUAUUUUUCAGUAUGUGUUGAAAUGUGUUUUCGAUGUAAAAUUAAGUUUUUAUUUGAACUUGAUUCAAAGUAA